AUGGACGUCAACUUCCGCAAGAUUGACAUCGACCAGUACGACGAGGACGUUCUGCUGGAGAGCGAGCUCUGCGAGGCAGAUCCGCGAGACCCGACGCAAGUACUCAACGACGCGAAACAGAAGGCAGCUGCUGUGCGGAGCUCACUAGCGAAAGGUGAUAUCACAGAGGCGUUGGGCAUAGUGUUAGAGGGUGCGCCAUAUGGGCCAAAUGUUGACGAAGCCAAGAACUUGACCCUACAAACCUUGGUCUCUAUCUUGAAUAGCACGAAAGCGACCGAGAUUCCGGGUGUUGGCAUGGCACUACCAGGCUGGGGGGACGUGAGCGGGAGUGUAUUACUGGGGUGGCAUGAGAAGUUGACAGAGGCUGCUGGCACCGGCUGUAUUGUUCGGGCGAUGACGGACAGGAGGACUGUAUGA